GUCAGUGGCGCUGUACGGUAGCCGUUGGUAACGAAAAGACACUGGGACGAGGGCGGACUCAGGGAAGCGGUUUCCGGGUCUCCCUUCCUGGGCUGGGACAGCAGAGAGAGACGAAACGCUCCGGUGGCUUAAUAGCAUUUCAAAGGUACGGACAGGCUUGACAGACAUCACAUAAACAGUAGCGAUGUCUCAGUCUGGAGAGAAAGGAAAGUUUCCAGAUGCUGCAGGUUAUGUAGGGUUUGCUAACCUGCCUAACCAAGUGCACCGGAAAUCAGUGAAAAAAGGGUUUGAAUUUACCCUCAUGGUUGUAGGGGAGUCUGGUUUGGGCAAAUCCACAUUGAUAAACAGCCUGUUUCUCACUGAUCUCUACCCUGAACGUUACAUCCCUGGUGCUGCAGAGAAGAUUGAGCGGACAGUGCAGAUUGAGGCAUCAACAGUGGAGAUCGAAGAAAGGGGAGUGAAGCUUCGUCUCACUGUAGUUGACACUCCUGGAUACGGCGAUGCCAUCAACAGCCAGGACUGUUUUAAGACCAUCAUCCAGUACAUCGACAAUCAAUUUGAACGAUACCUCCAUGAUGAGAGUGGGCUGAAUCGAAGACACAUAGUGGACAACAGAGUGCAUUGCUGCUUCUACUUCAUUUCUCCGUUUGGACAUGGUCUAAAACCACUGGAUGUGGAGUUUAUGAAGGCCAUCCACAGCAAAGUCAAUAUAGUCCCAGUCAUUGCCAAGGCUGACACACUGACUCUGAAGGAGAGGGAUCGCCUGAAGAGGAGGAUCCUGGAUGAGAUUGCAGAACAAGGGAUAAAAAUUUAUCAGCUACCUGAUGCCGACUCUGACGAGGACGAGGAGUUCAAGGAGCAGACUAGAGUCCUGAAGGCAAGCAUUCCCUUUGCUGUCAUUGGCUCCAACCAGCUUAUCGAAGUGAAGGGGAAGAAGAUCCGUGGUCGUCUGUACCCCUGGGGUGUAGUAGAGGUGGAGAAUCCUGAGCACAAUGACUUCCUGAAGUUGCGCACCAUGCUUGUGACCCACAUGCAAGACCUCCAAGAGGUAACUCAGGAUCUGCAUUAUGAGAACUUCCGCUCAGAGAGGCUGAAGAGAGCGGGCAGAGCUGUGGAUGAGGAGGUGUUGGAUAAGGACCAGAUCCUGCUACAGAAGGAGGCAGAGCUGAGACGCAUGCAGGAGAUGAUCGCGCAGAUGCAGGCACAGAUGAAGAUGAAGUCGGACGACUAAAAGGGUCGGAGGUGAAGGGAAGCACUUUGACCCAAGCCACCAGCACACACAUACACAUAAAGCAUACACACACAUGCAUACACUUAGUUGUCCAGCCCUGCCACUCUGCAGGCCCACCAGGAGCCAGUUUCCAGAACCACAUCAUCUAUGUGCACACCACCACCACCUCUUCUUCUUCUUCCCUCCAUUCUUCCAUCCAUCGGCUGUUUGGCAGCUCUGUCUCUUCAAGACUCCACAUUCAAACUAGUCUCCUUGUGGGAGUGGAUAAAAAAAGAAACAAGUUAUGACGACGAUGUUUGAAUACUGGGUGAUUAUGAUUUAUCUGCUAUUUAGCCAUCUUAGUUGUUAUCCUCAGCGUUGACAGUGACAGCGGUACCGAGUGGUUUUACCGUCACACACGUGUUUACAUAAUAUACAAACUGUGAGUUUCACCUCACAGGUCAAAACUUUACAAUGCAUUAUUUUCCAUUUAUUCUGCUAUUGGGUUUGAACUCAUUCACUUAAAGGUACAAAUAGUUUGCUUCUCGUUUUUUCUGUUGGUUACUCAUCACUCACCCAUCACCUUCACCUCUGAAUAACCAUUAGUGCCUGUUUGCUUCAGCCUGAUAACGCUAUAAUUACCACAGAGAUAGAUACAUGUGGUAAACCAAAUCUGGUUUUCCUAAAUGUGUUAGACUAGAAACUUUAUUGUAUAACCAACAGCUAAAACUAAUGCAAACCCUCCAGGCUUUAGAAUUUCAGGAUUUUUUUUGGUUUGUUUUUUUUAAUGUAUCUGUAAUACCUGGUUUUAAUGUGCCAAACUAUAACUUCAGACUGAAAACUAAUCAAUCAGUACUGUAAGUUACAAUGUUCCCAGGUUUGUCUCAGUGACAUCAUUUCAUGUAUAAAACGGUCAGCUUGUACACUGCAUGUGCAGCUUUUCAACUUACUGUAUUCACUCAUUUCAGUUUAAAUAUGUAACUGAGCUGUGUGUAAACUCCCUCCAGCCCACUGUGAACAGCAGACCUUAACAUUUCCCCAGCACUGCCGUUUAAUCGUGCUUUCACUCAUUUGCCAUUAUUUCUUAUUAAUGUGUCAGUUAAGACUUUGUAGAUGUCGACAUGUUUUGUAUUUCCUGUCUCAAAUAAAAUUUGUUAAGAGAACAAAA